AUGGCCAUUGACGAGGUCACCCCUGCGCCGCAGGUGACGGAAACCGCUGCUGGAAACGACGGUGAUAAGAUUAGCAUCAAGCAGAGCACGAACCCUCUGAAGAAGUUUGGCAAGAAGAAGGAUGGCAAUGGAAAUGAAGAUGUGGAGAAGGAUGGAAUUGGAGGGGAUACGCCGCCGCAUGACUUGCAGCGCAGGCUGAAGAGCAGACAUUUGCAGAUGAUUGCUAUCGGUGGUACAAUUGGAACGGGUUUGUUCAUCAGUAGUGGAACAGCCAUCGCACACUCUGGCCCGGCGGGUGAGGUCGCAACGUAUCUUCCCAUCUCCGGUUCUUUCACCUCCUACACCGCACGACUCGUCGAUCCCAGUCUGGGAUGCGCCAUGGGUUGGAUUUAUUGGUUUAACUGGGCUUCGACAUACGCUGUGGAACUGACUGCCACCGGUCUGAUUGUUCAGUAUUGGGACGAUAAACUGUCGGUAGCCAUCUUCAUCGCCAUCUUCUGGGUAGUGAUCACCCUUCUCAAUUUCCUCCCGGUUGGUUUCUAUGGAGAAAUCGAGUUCUGGUUUUCGAUGAUCAAAGUGCUCACCGUCCUGGGAUUCAUGAUCUUCGCUAUCUGCAUUGACGCUGGCGUUGGAAAGCAGGGCUACCUUGGAUUCCACACGUGGAAGGAGCCCGGAGCAUUUGCUCCCUAUCUGAUCGACGCGUCCAAUCCGGUGUCCAAGUUCGUCGGUUUCUGGGCCGUGCUUGUGCAGGCCGGUUUCUCCUACCAAGGUACCGAGCUGGUUGGUGUCGCCGCUGGUGAGACAGAGAAUCCGGAGAAGACCGUGCCCUCGGCCAUCCGCAAGACCUUCAUCCGUAUUCUCGUCUUCUUUGUCCUGACCAUCUUCUUCAUGGGCCUGCUGGUCCCCUACGACAACCCCAACCUGAUCACCGACUCCAGCGACGCCUCCGCCUCCCCAAUGGUCAUCGCCGCGAAGCUCGCCGGCGUAAAGGUCCUGCCCAGUCUGAUCAACGCCGUCCUCCUAACCGUGGUCCUCUCGGCCGCCAACUCCAACGUCUACAGUGGCAGUCGUGUGCUCCUCGGCCUGGCUCAGGAAAAGUUUGCGCCCCCAAUCUUCGGCUGGGUCAGUCACCGUGGUGUGCCCUAUAUUAGCGUCGCCUUCACGGCCGCCUUCGGACUUCUCGGGUUCAUGAACGUCUCUGAAUCCGGUGGAAAGGUCUUCAACUGGCUGGUCAACAUCUCCAGUGUGGCUGGAUUCAUCUGCUGGACGUCCAUCAGUCUGAGUCACCUGGCUUUCAUGCGUGCCCUGAAGGCGCGCGACAUCUCCCGUGACACCCUACCCUACAAGGCCGCCCUCCAACCCUACCUGACAUGGUACGGACUCUUCUUCAGUGUCCUGAUCAUCAUGACCCAAGGAUUCACGGCCUGGAUUCCUACCUUCAAUGUCUCGGAUUUCUUCGUCGCCUACAUCUGCGUGAUCAUCUUCGUGGUGCUGUACCUGGGCCACAAGAUUUUCUACCGCACCCAUUUCGUGCACCCGCUCGAAGCAGACUUGCAAUCGGGCCGCCUCCAGAACUACUCCUGGGAAACGGCGAGGCCGAAGACCUGGCAGGAGCGGCUUCGCGAGAGUCUUUAA